AUGCCCACUCCCACGCGCUCCGUCCUUUCCGACUUGGCCCGCCGUCUGGCCUCGUCCUCCUUUUCCGGGGUGUCCCACGCACCGAGUCGGCGCCGGCCGAUUCCACUCGCCCCGCGGGCGUGCGUCCAGCGAGCCACAGCCUCGUUUUCGACGUCGGCUGCGACGAGCACCGCGACGGUCCUCACCGCGCCCAACGGCAGAUCGUGGUCCCAGCCCAGGGGGCUGUUCAUCGGGAACGACUUUGUCGAGAGUGCCGACGGGAGAACUCUGGUCACCGUCAAUCCCUCCAACGAGGAGGACAUCUGCGACGUGUAUGCCGCGUCUGCCGCGGACGUCGACAAGGCCGUCGCGGCGGCCCGCGCGGCGUUCGUGCACCCCUCCUGGAGGCGGAUCUCCGGGACGGAGCGCGGCUACAUGAUGAUGAGGCUCGCCGACAUGGUCGACGCGAACCUGGAGACCCUGGCCACCAUCGAGACCCUCGACAACGGGAAGCCGUACUCGGUGUGCCGCGACGUCGACGUCCCGCACUUCUCCGAGGUCAUCCGCUACUACGCCGGCUGGGCCGACAAGCUGCACGGCCAGACGAUGGACGUCGGGCCGGACAAGCUGGCCUACACGAUCAAGGAGCCCCUGGGCGUGUGCGGCCAGAUCAUCCCGUGGAACUACCCCCUCGACAUGGCCGCGUGGAAGCUGGGACCCGCGCUGGCGUGUGGAAAUACCGUCGUGCUGAAGCUGGCGGAGCAGACGCCGUUGUCGAUGUUGUACGUCGCCAAGCUGGUCAAGGAGGCUGGGUUUCCUCCGGGCGUGGUCAACGUCAUCAACGGGUACGGUCGUGACGCUGGAGCCGCUCUCGCGAGUCACGCUGGCGUUGACAAGAUUGCUUUCACGGGGAGCACGGCUACGGGAAGGGAAAUCAUGAAGCUCGCGGCCGGAAACUUGAAGAACAUCACCCUCGAGACCGGCGGGAAAUCACCCCUGAUCGUCUUCGAGGACGCCGAUCUCGACCAGGCUGCCAGGUGGUCUCACGAAGGGAUUAUGAGCAAUCAGGGACAGGUCUGCACGGCCACGUCCCGGAUCCUCGUGCACGAGGCCGUCUACGAGGCAUUCAUCGAAAAGUUCACCUCCGCCGUGCGCGACAUCUCCGUCGUCGGGGACCCCUUCGAGGAGGCCACCUUCCAGGGCCCGCAGAUCACCAAGGCGCAAUACGAAAACGUCCUGCGAUACGUCCAGACGGCCCGGGACGAGGGCGCCACCGUCGCCAUGGGCGGCCGGCCGGCGCCGCAGGCCUCGGGCAAGGGCUUCUUCGUCCAGCCCACCGUCUUCACGGACGUCGAGACCUCGAUGACGGUCUACCGGGAGGAGAUCUUCGGGCCGUGCGCCGCGGUCGUCAGGUUCGGCGCGGAGGAGGAGGCGCUGGCCAUGGCGAACGACACGACGUACGGGCUCGGCGCGGCGCUGUUCACGAGGGACCUCGCGAGGGCGCACCGCGUCGCGAGGGACGUCGAGGCCGGCAUGGUGUGGGUCAACAGCAGCAACGACUCGGAUUUCAGGGUGCCGUUCGGCGGCGUGAAGCAGAGCGGGAUCGGGAGGGAGCUCGGGGAGGCCGGGCUCGCGGGGUAUUGCAACGCCAAGGCUGUGCAUGUCAACUUGACCGGCAGGUGA